UCGGCCAAUCGGGCAGCUCCGUUCGGCGCACGAUCGGUGCAGUUGAUAAAUGGAGGAUCCGUGUUUGUCAAGGUAGUUUUGUUUACGCGGAAAUUUUCACUCGGUAACAACUCCCCGUGCGUUUCGUUUGUGCGGAAGGGGUAGAUGAAGAAUUUAAGAUGUCCCGCAAUCACAAGGAAAAGUAUGAGAACUCCAACCCACGUCGUAUGUAUACACUCAUGUGCCCUGAGGACUAUCAAUCGGGGAAGAAAUCUCAUUGGUCGGAGUUGGAGAUAACAGGCAGUAUACGAAAUUUGAGCCCCAAUUUGUGGCAAAUGACUCAUUUAACAGCUCUGUAUCUGAAUGAUAAUAGUCUGCAGAGGUUGCCAUCUGAGAUUGGCCGUCUUGUUAACUUGCGUAUUCUAGAUCUGAGUAGCAACAAGCUGCGCAGUCUGCCUGCUGAACUAGGGGAGCUCAUCUAUCUCAGGGAGUUGUUAUUGAACCAAAACUUCCUUCGCGUGUUACCGUACGAACUAGGGAAGUUGUUCCAGUUACAAGUGCUAGGACUUCAAGGAAAUCCACUCAGCAAGGAUGUGAUGGCGUUAUAUGGAAAUGGAGAACCUGCGGGGACGAACAAGCUGCUGACAUACAUGUUGGACAACUUACAAGGUAAGUGGAAGGCUUUUAUUUGUUGA